UUUGCAAAUGCGGGGUGUCGCGCGUUUGAAGAUCCGUGUUUCCACGCGCUGUGCUUCUGCGCGUCCGUCAGCGUGGCGUGAUUUUCAGUCUGAACGCGUGAAACGCAGAUGUGCUCCUGAUUCUGGCCUUUCGUGAAGCGGCUGAUCCACGCGUUUGCAGCUUUAUUGAGUUCCACGCGUUUCUUACAUUGUAUCAUUGUGGUCCGAUGACGUCAGCGCGCGUUUGUUUGUUUCUUUUCGCGCGUCUGCGGCCCCGUUUGUUUAUUCUCGUCUACAAGAAGACUUUUGUUAGAUCGCAUUUAUAGGCCUAUUUAAUUUAAAAUGUAAGCGUUUUCAAUAAAAGGAGAAAGUUGCAGUAAAUGACGCUGAAGACGCGGAGUGCAUGUGUUCCUUUGAGGAGGACCAGAAUGGAGACACUGAGUUUUCUGCCAUGUCGGACAGUGACCCAUGUGAAGACGACAGUUACCCUCUCAACCUGUCCACCAGCGGCAGAAGAAGCGGGUCUGCCUCCAAACGCCGCCGCCGCGGAAACCUCCCCAAAGAAUCCGUUCAGGUUCUGAGGGAAUGGCUGUACGAGCAUCGCUUCAACGCUUAUCCAUCAGAGCAGGAGAAACUGAGCCUGUCUGGACAGACGCAUCUAUCUGUGUCACAGAUCUGUAACUGGUUCAUAAACGCUCGCCGGAGGCUCCUGCCGGACCUGCUGAGGAAAGACGGCAAAGACCCCACUAAGUUUACAAUGUCACGACGCACCUGCAAACCAGAAAGAUCCGCCUCCCCAGAAUGCCUCGCCUCUUCAACCCGCUCCUCUGUCAUCUGCCCCGCCCCCACAUUGGAUUUGAGGCUGUUGGGUAACACUGCAACAGCAAUUUUGGCUGGAGCCGGUUGCUUGCCGUCGUCAGGAAACCGAGACGGCAGUGUUCAGGCUCUGAUGCAGCUGGACACUCGAGGUCUGCUGAGAUGGGAAGGUCUAACUGGAGACCAGCACCUGACGACCAUACCAUUUGCUUCUACCUCUGUCCCAACCCUGGGAGCGGUGAGCCCGACUGGGCUCCUGUUCAACACACCUCCACCUACCCCACCGGAGCUUUGCCCUCAAGAUUUCAGUGAUCUGAAGCUUCUGGUGGAUGCGGCCCUGCAGCGAGCGGCAGAGCAAGAAAUCAGUCAGCAGAAAGAACAAACGAUGCAACCGCAAACAAAUGGACCUCCAAACGAAAGUUCAAGAGCGCUUGUCCAGAACGGCGAUUCGGAGACUCCUUCAAAGGACAAAUCUGAAGCUGCAUCUAGCUUGAUGGAGAACUCAGUAUUACCUGUAUCGGUUCCUAUCAUGAGCCACUCUUUUUCAGGCCCUCCCGUCACUCUGAGCACGGCUGGUGUCUCCGAUGCAGAAUCUGGAAGCUUUGCGUGGAGCGUCCGACAACCCGGUCCACCUGCGAAUGUGGUUUCACACACAUGGGUUUCGCAGUACACAUGUAAUACAGUCACGGAAGCGGUUAACUAAAAAACUCAAGCAGACCAACUCACUUUAGACUCCAUUUGUUUGCUUAUUUUUGUUGGAAGACUCUGGAGCAGAUGUUAACCUGCCUCCCCAAAUCAUUGUCAUGGAUACCGUAUGGAUGUUGCUUGGUACCCAGAGAGGCUCUUCACUGAAAUUCACUUCAGGGGAUUCAGGAGUGAAGCUUCUCUACACCACAAUGUAUUUUUAAGACAUUUUGAUAGUUUUUAAGCCAAAACUUUUGUGUUUUUUUUUUUUUUUUUUUUUUAACUACAUGGGCAUGCAUAAAAUGCUCUUCGAAAAUAAUCCAGCAUUUCAGACUCCGAGACCAGGUGGAGGUCUGUUCAGGUGGAAAUAUUAACCAUGUGCAAACACCAGCAAACCUGCGCAACUCAGGUUUACAGCCAAGAGAUUUUCAUUUGAACAUUUGUAGUUGAUGUGGCCUUGUAUUGUUUCUGAUAAAGAAGCUCCACAUACGCCCGUUUUCCUCAGUAUAUCCACUAGGGUUAGACAUCUGUGUGUCGUAUAGCAUGCUUUACAUAUCUGUUGUGAUCUGUGAAUGCAAAGACCAGCAUGCAGCAUUUAAAUGUCAGCAUUUAGCAACCAAAUGUGCUCUCUUUGAUUUAAUUAAUACUAUGCUCCAAUUUUGCCUGAGAGCCACUGCUGAUGAAGCCUCUACUUCUACAAUCUCAACGUUGAAAGUCUUUCCCAGUAGUGUGAGGUUUUUUUUUUUUUUUUUUGGUCAUAUUUCCUGCACUUUAUAGUCCAAUUUCACCUCCUCGUUGUUAUGUCAGGAUCGUCUAUCCAGUCUCAGAUUAAGAUCCGAGCACUCUUUCGUGCGCCGUGACGUGCGCUUUAGGAAAUUGAUCGCACUGCGGAGAUCAUCCCUCACGUCUCGUGUCUGUCGUCUCAAAGACAGCUGACAUUGAUUUUCUUCACUUCUCAUGUAACGUGAUCAUAGGGCUGUAGCUUUAUUGUUGCUGAAAUGAUUAUUGUUCAUACAGUAUUGUUAGGUGAAGUAGAUGAUCAGCAUUAAUAAUUGUUUAACAUAUUAUUAACACAUUCGUGUGUUAGUGAGUGGAUUUAUUCUUGAUGCUAAAAGUGUUUCAUGCAUUUCCAAGAUGAAUUUAAAGUCUGUUCGUACCUCUCUGAGAUGAACUGAAGUGCUUCUUUCUCAUUCAUCAAUCAUAUGUGAAUGUAUCUAGAGAACUAACGGAUAUUAUUUAGAAACAGUGGUUUCAUGAGCUUAGUCUCUUUCUUUUUUUGGACACUAGAGGACCUAGAUGCAUUAUGAAUUUAUGCUUGUAGUUUCCAUGAAACUGAGAACAGAUUAGUCUUAAUAGUAAUGGUCUUAACCUUUUUAAGAUGCUUAUGAUGCGGAUCACGUCAUUUCAGUUUAUUCACUCACAAACGUGCCAUAAUUCUGAUUAGUUUUUAUCAUGCUGCGUAAUUUCUCAUUGAGGUCACGUCUGUAGUACUGUACAUGUUUCUUCUUGUUUUUCAGUGUGUCUCAGGUUUGUUUAUUGCAGUUUUCCGUCUUGGGUUUGAGUCAUUUUAUUUUCUUCUCUGACAUCACAAAGGGAGUUUUUAAUUUAAUUCUAAAAGGUGCAUUUUUUUAAAGCCAUGUUUGAGCUGAUUAUGAGAAAUCAACUGUCAUGCUGUAGCAUCACAAACUGUAUUACAGAUCUAAUUAACUAACACUUCAGAAACACUGUGAUCAUUCAGUUAGUUACUGAAACAGUGAUGGGUACUGGAAGUAACUCUAUAUAUUUCAUAUGAUGUUCUCUAUUUUUUCACUUCUUCAGAAAGACCAAUAUUAAUAUUCCUGGAACUGUAUUAUUGAUGUUCUUAUUGCUAAAAGGGUCUUCUGGAUGACAAUGUGAAACAUGUAAAUAUAUCAUUCAGGUUUUUGUCUGGCGUAGAUCUGUUUUAAUGUGUAUAUACAUCAAAAAUGCAUAGCUAUCUCCUGUAUGACCAAUGGAUUUUUUUUUUUAAAGAUUCUAUGUAUGUAUAACUGAGGGCAGUAAAGCUGGCAUUUGUGCCUUACCUGCUUCCUUAGAAAACCUUUGGACUAGUCUGUGCAAUAUCUGCCUUAAGAUUUUAUUUGAUGUCUUUUUAUACAAACAUUACAGAGAAAUAAAGCUUCUUUUUUCAUAUAUUUGUAUUAAUGUUGUAGAGUAAUGGAAAUGGUUUUAUUUUACAGAUUUUCACCCAUUGGGAAAUGUCCAGAAAUGAGUACUGUUGAUUUCUGCAUGCACAGAAAUGAUUUUGAGAAUUCACUGUAGUUUAAGAGCAUCUUUAUUUCGGUAUAAAAUGUUUCAUGUUCAUAUGAUGGAUCACUUCAUGUCUGAGAGCUGCCACUUUAAAUACACAUUUUAUAAGCCAAAUAUUAAUGGGAAAAUACAAGUAGCAUUACCAC